AUGGACAAGAAUACAAAAGAGAACCAUUCCGGAUACCCCAGUCGUGCUACGAAAAUUGCUAAUCCCAUUGGGGAUGGCCCAAAACGUGUCCCUGUGUCUCAACAUUCUGCCCAGAGCCGGUUACUGAACAGUGGAGUUCAAGCACAACGUGUUCUGUGUCCUUCAAACUUUGCCCAGCGACUUCCUGUACAAUCACAAAAAUCUGUACUGUCAACCCAAAAACUGUCUAAUAACCAGACAACGCAGCAGCCCCGACUGAAGUUUCCGGUCCAACCGACUGCUAGGCCUCAGGUGCCAAGCAAGAGCAAUGAAAAACCUCUACAGGCUCCAGUACCUGCAAAAAAUUCUGAAGCAGAAAGCACCUCUAAACAGAAAAAUGAAGAGACUGCUAAAAAGAAAAACGAAGAGACUAAAAAAAGGCAAUGGUCCCUUGAUGAUUUUGAAAUUGGUCGUCCUCUGGGGAAAGGAAAAUUUGGAAAUGUGUACCUGGCACGUGAAAAGCAGAGUAAAUUUAUUCUUGCACUGAAAGUGCUCUUUAAAACACAACUUGAGGAAGCCGGUGUAGAACAUCAGCUACGAAGAGAAGUUGAAAUACAGUCUCAUCUUAGGCACCCCAACAUUCUCAGAUUAUAUGGCUACUUCCAUGAUGUUACAAGAGUCUACCUUAUUCUAGAGUAUGCACCUCGUGGAGAAGUCUACAAAGAGCUUCAGAAGCUUACCAAGUUUGAUGAGCAAAGAACUGCUACUUACAUCACAGAACUAGCAGAUGCCCUAUCAUACUGUCAUUCGAAGAGUGUGAUUCACCGAGACAUCAAGCCAGAAAACUUGCUGCUUGGCUCAAAUGGAGAAUUAAAAAUUGCUGACUUUGGAUGGUCUGUGCAUGCUCCAUCUUCUAGGCGAACAACUCUCUGUGGGACACUUGACUACCUGCCUCCUGAGAUGAUUGAGGGAAGAACACAUGAUGAAAAGGUGGAUAUAUGGAGCCUGGGAGUUCUGUGCUAUGAAUUCCUUGUAGGGAAACCACCUUUUGAAGCAGCAACAUACCAGGAAACCUACAGAGCUAUUUCCAGGGUGGAAUUCAAGUUUCCUCCAUUUGUAACAGAAGGUGCAAGGGAUUUAAUUUCAAAGCUUCUGAAGCAUAACCCAUUCCAUCGACUGCCCCUGAAGGAUGUACUUCUUCAUCCCUGGAUUACUGCAAACUCUACAAAGGUGCCCAACAGCAGAAAGAGUGAUGUUGCUGCCCCAUCCAGAACAUAGUCUUAGCAGAGGUGACCUCAUGGGAUCAACAAGAGGAGUCUUUGUACUGUGACUACUGUAAUGCUUACAAUAGGAAAAGCAGGUCUUGGAAUCCAGUGGCAACUGGAAUGCAGAUCUUUGGGUUGGCCAUCUUAAACUCUAAUUGCAAUGUAAAACUAUUUGACUUUUAGCUGGAGGUUGCAGAAUACUUAAUAUACUUGAAAUCCAGUUACAUGUGGGCCAGGUUUGUUGAUGUAAGUAUUAAGCUGUUCAAGGCUCUUAUG